UCGCGUUAUCCCGGGAGGUCAGAAACAAACCGGCUCCACCCACCAAAUGCUCCCGCUCCGCCGCCUACCGCCGCUCCCACUGCCACGCGGUCCCGCAACCCGCCGCCUCCUGUCAGUCGCGGCAUCCGCCGCCUCGCCGCUCCCAUGGCCGGGCCUGCACGCCUGGCGCCGGGCGGCGCCCAGCGACCUACGCACGUGGGGCCCCAAAGGCCCCUGCGCCUCCGACGCCGACGAGGCGGCCGGGGGCCCGCCCGAAGCUGACGCCGGCGGCUCGUCGCUGGCGGAGAUGGGGGCCCUGGUGCUGUCCACCGCCGACCCCCUCGCCAAGGCGCGGCUCACGCACGCCGCCUUCUCCCGGUGGGCCGCAGGGCUUCCCGUCGGCCAGGCCGCGGCCCCCGACCACCCUGCCAGGCCUGACAAGCCCCUCGUGGUGACGCAGAAGGAGAUCAUCACCCACAAGGAGAUGGGGGUGCCGCUCAACGCGUACAUGCUGCACAACCUGGCGCACGUCGAGCUCAACGCCAUCGACCUCGCCUGGGACACCGUCGUGCGGUUCGCGCCCCUCAGGGACACGCUGGGCGAUGGCUUCUUCGCGGAUUUCGCUCGCGUGGCCGAUGACGAGAGCCGCCAUUUUCGGUGGUACUCGCAGCGGCUAGCUGAGCUUGGGUUCAGUUAUGGUGAUAUGCCGGUUCACAAUCUUCUCUGGAGGGAGUGUGCAAAGUCGUCAAGCGAUGUUUCUGCACGAUUGGCAGUGAUUCCUUUGGUUCAGGAAGCCAGAGGCCUUGAUGCUGGACCAAGAUUAGUCCAGAGGUUGUUUGGUUUUGGGGAUCAUCGAUCAGCAGACAUUGUGGCAAGAGUAGCAGAGGAAGAGCUUGCACAUGUUUCUGUAGGUUUGUAUUGGUUUCUGAAAGUAUGCCAAAUGAUGGGUCGUGAACCUGGUGAUACUUUUAAAGACUUAAUAAAGGAGUAUGGUGUUGUAUUGAAGGGCCCAUUUAACUAUCCGGCUCGUGAUGAAGCUGGUAUGCCCCGAGAAUGGUAUGAUGAGAAGUUUAAACAGGAAUCUGCACAAAAACUUGCGGAGGUGCAUGAUAGACUAGCUUGUAUUGUUGAGAUGGAGAAAGAGAAUGCGAAUGGCUAAGUGCCACUUGAUGUACAUAAGAAAACUAAUUUUUUACUGUGUGUAAAGUUACUCCUCUUGAACUCAGAAAAGCUAUUUUGUUUAUAUUUCAUAUACAUUGUCGACAAUCAUAUUUCAUCGUGGUUGUCAAAGGAUUGAUGAGCAAUUAAACUGUAAUGACGGAUGCAUGAUUGUUCUUUUUUGCA